GAACUGCCCCGAAACCUUCACCCCAGACAUGAGGUGCAUCAUGGGCGAGUCUCCUUCAGUUCAGGGCUACUUUGUGCUGGCGGGAAUGAACUCUGCUGGCCUUUCAUUUGGUGGAGGGGCUGGAAGGUACCUCGCUGAAUGGAUGGUGCACGGUUACCCAUCUGAAAACAUCUGGGAGCUGGACCUGAAGCGUUUUGGAGCCCUCCAGAGCAGCCGCACCUUUCUGCGCCACCGGGUCAUGGAAGUCAUGCCUCUGCUGUACGAUCUGAAGGUUCCCCGUUGGGACUUCCAGACCGGGAGGCAGUUACGCACCUCUCCUCUCUAUGACCGGCUGGAUGCACAAGGAGCCAGGUGGAUGGAGAAACAUGGAUUUGAGAGGCCGAAGUACUUUGUGCCACCGGACAAGGACCUCCUGGCAUUGGAGCAGAGCAAGACGUUCUAUAAGCCAGACUGGUUUGACAUUGUGGAGUCUGAAGUCAAGUGCUGCAAGGAAGCUGUGUGUGUCAUUGACAUGUCUUCUUUCACAAAGUUUGAAAUAACAUCCGCCGGGGACCAGGCACUGGAAGUCCUACAGUACCUCUUCUCCAACGACCUGGAUGUGCCUGUGGGCCACAUCGUGCACACCGGCAUGCUCAACCAGGCCGGGGGCUAUGAGAACGACUGCAGCAUCGCGCGCCUGGGCAAGCGCAGUUUCUUCAUGAUUUCCCCCACCGACCAGCAGGUCCACUGUUGGGCCUGGCUUAAGAAACACAUGCCGGAAGACAGCAACCUGCUUCUGGAGGAUGUCACCUGGAAAUACACUGCCCUCAAUCUGAUCGGUCCCCGAGCUGUGGAUGUGCUGUCUGAGCUGUCCUAUGCCCCUAUGACUCCAGACCACUUCCCAAGUCUGUUUUGCAAGGAGAUGAGUGUGGGCUACGCAAAUGGCAUCCGGGUGAUGAGCAUGACUCACACAGGAGAGCCGGGAUUCAUGCUUUAUAUCCCCAUAGAGUACGCCCUGCACGUGUACAACGAGGUGAUGAGUGUUGGGCAGAAAUAUGGGAUCCGGAAUGCCGGCUACUAUGCUCUUCGUAGUCUGCGGAUUGAGAAGUUUUUUGCCUUCUGGGGUCAGGAUUUAAAUACCCUCACCACGCCCCUGGAAUGUGGACGAGAAUCUCGGGUGAAACUGGAAAAGGGGAUGGACUUCAUUGGCCGAGAUGCCCUGCUGCAGCAGAAGCAGAAUGGGGUGUACAAACGCCUCACCAUGUUCAUCCUGGACGAUCAUGACACUGACCUGGACCUCUGGCCAUGGUGGGGAGAGCCCAUUUACCGCAAUGGGCAGUAUGCGGGCAAGACCACCAGCAGUGCCUACAGCUACACCCUGGAGCGCCAUGUCUGCCUGGGCUUUGUGCACAAUUUUUCUGAGGACACUGGGGAAGAACAGGUGGUGACAGCAGAUUUCAUCAACCGGGGGGAGUAUGAGAUUGACAUCGCGGGACACCGGUUCCAGGCCAAGGCAAAGCUCUACCCGGUCACCUCGCUCUUCACCCACAAGCGCCGGAAGGAUGAUGUGGAGCUCAGUGACUUGCACGGGAAGUAAUGGCCACUAGCCUCGCUUCCCCACCUGCCCACUCCCGCAGGGCUCCCACCGCCCCCAGCUCCUUGAUGGGAUUUUAAACUUCACCUGCUUUUAAAUCUUUUGCUUUGCAGCCUCUCUUCU